GCUGCUUGUGGUGGCCAUGUUCAGUGGUAGAUAAGAAUUAAUUACCUAUAAAGAAAGAAAGAAAGAAGGACACAAGAUGUUCAAUCUUUCUCAAAGUUUACAUCUUUCCGCUUCAUGCGAAGAUGGCGGCCAUGUCUUUCCUUUCCGCUGCUCCUUCGAGCUCCUUCCAUGGCGGUCUUCAUCUGGGUAAGAGCGAUCCCUGCCUCUUCGGUUCCUACCCUCAAACCGGGAAUACUCAGAGACCUUCUCUUUCCAUCAGGUGCCAAUCUACUAAUACCAAGGAGCCAAAGAGUAGUAAUAUUCUGGACAAUGCCAGCAACCUUUUUACAAACUUGUUAAGCGGUGGAAGUUUGGGGUCAAUGCCCACUGCUGAAGGAGCUGUCUCUGAUCUAUUUGGGAAGCCUCUCUUCUUAUCGCUCUACGACUGGUUCAUGGAGCAUGGAGGAGUGUAUAAACUUGCGUUUGGUCCAAAGGCCUUUGUUGUCAUCUCUGAUCCUAUUGUUGCAAGGCAUGUCCUCAGAGAAAACGCAUUUUCUUAUGACAAGGGAGUUCUUGCUGAGAUCUUGGAGCCCAUCAUGGGGAAAGGGUUGAUACCUGCUGACCUUGACACCUGGAAGUUAAGAAGAAGAGCUAUAACUCCUGCGUUCCAUGCAUUGUAUCUGGAAGCCAUGGUCAAAGUAUUCAGCGACUGUUCCGAGAAAAUGAUACUUAAAUCCGAGAAACUCUUGAGGGAGAAAGAAGUUUCAAGCGGAGAGGGGGACACAGAGAUCGAGUUGGAUCUUGAAGCAGAGUUCUCGAGUUUGGCUCUUGAUAUUAUAGGGCUUAGCGUCUUCAACUACGACUUUGGCUCUGUCACAAAAGAGUCCCCUGUCAUUAAGGCGGUUUAUGGAACUCUUUUCGAGGCAGAGCAUCGGUCUACUUUCUACUUUCCCUAUUGGAACUUUCCGCCAGCCAGAUGGAUCGUUCCGAGGCAGAGAAAGUUCCAAAGCGAUCUCAAGAUCAUAAACGAUUGCCUUGAUGGACUCAUUCAAAAUGCAAAAGAGACAAGACAGGAAACAGAUGUAGAGAAGCUCCAGCAACGUGACUACUCUAAUCUCAAGGAUGCAAGUCUUUUACGGUUCUUGGUGGAUAUGCGUGGUGUUGAUAUUGAUGACCGACAGCUGAGGGAUGACUUAAUGACUAUGCUAAUUGCUGGUCACGAGACAACCGCAGCUGUUCUUACUUGGGCUGUUUACCUUCUUGCACAAAGUCCUGCAAAAAUUAGGAAAGCUCAAGCAGAGAUUGAUGCUGUGCUUGGUGACGGUGCACCUACUUAUGAAUCGUUGAAAAAGCUCGAGUACAUACGACUCAUCGUUGUAGAAUCCCUUCGUCUCUAUCCUCAGCCGCCUCUGCUCAUCAGACGCACUCUUAAACCAGAAACCUUGCCUGGAGGAUACAAAGGUGAAAAGGAAGGUCAUAAAGUUCCGAAAGGGACUGAUAUCUUCAUUUCUGUGUACAAUCUCCAUAGAUCUCCAUACUUUUGGGAUAACCCACAAGAGUUUGAGCCUGAGAGGUUCUUAAGAAAAAAGGAGAGCAAUGGCAUUGAAGGCUGGGCUGGCUUUGAUCCAUCUCGAAGCCCUGGUGCACUUUACCCCAACGAGAUCAUAGCAGACUUUGCAUUCUUACCAUUUGGUGGAGGGCCAAGGAAAUGCAUUGGAGACCAGUUUGCACUAAUGGAGUCGACCGUGGCACUAGCUAUGUUGCUGCAGAAAUUCGACGUGGAGCUGCGUGGACCGCCAGAGUCUGUUGAACUCGUGAGCGGCGCUACAAUCCAUGCCAAGAAUGGGAUGUGGUGUAAACUUAAGAGAAGAUCAAAAUGAAAUGAGAGAGGCAAGAAAACACCAUUUGUGUGUGUUGUAUUGGUGAAAUAGUGAAAUUUGUUACUUACAAGAGAGGGGGAUCAGGAUGUAUUAUUUUGAUACAAUAUCAUAUCUUAUUACAGGUUCAAAAGCAA